UGUCGUUUAGUCGGUCGGUCGGUCGGUGGGUUGAUGGGUUUGUCGGUAGGUCGGUAGACAGAUCGGUCAUUCUGUCGUACACGUGCAGACGCGAUCGCUUUUCAGGAAUGACCAUGCAGGCAGUGUUGGACGAAUUUUACGCGCAGAUCGUGGCCAAACUGGAACGCGACGAGCUGAUUCCGGCCUACAAGCGGUCAAUGCAUCGCGAGUACCUGGCCACCGUGGUGGACGGGCUGUGCGGACCGUGGUGCGGCCGGGACAGGCGUCGGGCUUGCGAGGCCGCGGUGGCCGGAGCAGUGGCCUAUCACGGCCGCGUGGUCCGGGACAACGGGUCUGUAUGCCCGCUCGGAAAACAUCACGACAUGCUGUACGUGAUGGCCCGCUUCGCCAUGGACGCGGACGCCGGUCCCGAACCCGUAGCCGCGCUGCUGACCGCCAUUUACACGUGCGAGAAAACGUUGGAGAAGCUGUUCGAGGGCGCCGUGGUGGGCAGCAAAGUGGCGCGCAUGAUCAGCGGCCGGUGGACGGACUUCGGGGCCACCGUCGCCGACAAUCAGACGGCGUUGGACUUCUACCUGGAUCGGGCCACGCGCGCGCGGCUCCUGCUCGACGGCCGCCGGCUGCAGGACGUCCGGAUGCGGUCGUAUCGGGCGGCUCCCGUGAUGGUGGCCACGGCCGCCGGAGGACGGCCGUUGCCAUGCCUGUUGCGGUACGGCCCGGACGGGAAGGUCGGUGCGCGCGGCCAUCGCAUGCCUGCGCGUUCCGCCGACCGCGACCGCCGUCCGCCGUCCGCCGGCCGCGUCCCGUGUCUGGAACUGUUGCUCAGAGCCGUCGCCCGCGAGACCGACGGCCGCUGUAGUGACAGCGACGACGAGAACGGCAGCGUCCACGCGUCGGGCGACGGCGACGAGGACGGACGUGACGGCAGCGGCGUAAACGUCGUUCCGGCGCUGCUGCACCUGGCCAGAUGCGCAGUGCGCAAGGCGUUACACCAAAACUUCAGCCUACCGCACGGCAUACCGCAGUUACCCGUGCCCAGGUCAUUGGUAUCGUAUUUAGAUCUCGAGUGUUGAUCCGCAGCGUUUCUACUCGCUCCUGCCUGUCAGCCACCGUUCGUUCAAUCAGCCGUGCAUCGAUACACGCGUUAUAAUAUGCUUUUAUCUGCGUCGGAUUUGCGAUCACAAUUCGCUAAUCGUUCUAAUAAAAUAACGAUACAGAUACGACUCGUUUAAUCAUUAUUUUUUUUUUUUUUAUGUAUAUUUUUACCAGGACUUUGCACUAGAAUUACGUAACACUAUUAAAUAUUGUUACAAAAACCAACUAAUGACCAAUUUAAACAAAAAUGGUUUUUUUUUUUCGAAACGCCCGAAAUCCGAAUAAUAUAUUCCGAAUAACCCAAAAACUGAAUGUUAAUUCUGUUUUUUUUUGCAAAUAGUUGUUUGAAAGUAAUUAAUGGGUAUUAAUUAAUAGGGAUUAAAUAUGCUCAUCUUUCUUCUUUUUUUUUUCGUGGAGGGAAGGGGCUAAGUUAUUUUGAUGAUACCCAUACUUGUGUCUUACUUGUGGUGUAGAAUAUUUAUGUCAUGUAUAAGUUCGAUCUUUUAAUGUAUUUUUAAUUUUUUUUUGUGAAUUAUCAGGCGCCCGUGUUAACUCAUACUAUCUGAAAAAUCAUGGUUAUUAAUACCGACAAUUUUCUUUAAAUUCUUUAUCCCGACGUUUGAAUCCGGAAUAUAUUUAGCAUCCGUCAUUCCAAUAAAUGAUUCGGAUACAAACCUCUGUUUCUCAUGUUUCCAAUAGUUGUACGAAAUUUUCUGUAGUAAUCUUAUUGCUUGCAAUACUGAUAUUGACAAUUGUUUAUUGAUUUGAUUAGUGUUAACGUGGUGUGACCGCCUUGGUAACUAAGAUUGUAACACCGCAACUGUGGUUAGGAGGCCCUCCACUGGCAUAUUAUAAUUAUUAGAGGCACUGCACGCGUCGAAUUAAUAAGUUAUUGAAGUACAUUGAAGUCUUGUUGUUUUCAUUAAUUAUACAUUGAUUUAUUUUGCCAAGUAAACGGAACUUCUGUAAACUUAUACAUCGCAGUAAUAAAUUACCCAAAAAGUGAAGUAGGUAACAUUUAUGGUGACUUAAAACACCAUUUAAAAUAAAUAAAUAAUUGUUUAAGUCAAUAUUGAAACAAUUAAUUGUAUUGAUCGUUGCUGUUAAUAUUUUUUGUUAUUAUUUAAUAAACCACAAAGAUGAACAAUAUAAAUUAAUAGAGGUAUUCUGUGUACUGCUUUGUGCAAUAUAUGCUGUACUAAUGUAUAAGUAUUAUUAUAGUAUGUAUUGUGUAUUUUAGU